UGUCUGUUGUUGUUCACAUGCUGUAUCCUUUCGCGCCGAUGUGAGCGGUACUAUUUAUUUUUCGAGCAGUUUGUUUGCUGCAGAAACUGAAAGUACAAACACACGGGAGCAGAAUCGUCUGUGCAUCGCGGAAGAGGGGGCAGAAGAGUGACAAGGAGCCCAAUAACCCAGCUGAAUUCAACACGGGAUGAGGCGCUAGUGGUGAAUUAAAGCGCACAGGAUGGCUUCAGAGAGAAAUAUCCUAGCUGGUUAAGGGCUCCCUGUACAUAAGUUACAGCAGGGUAGUAGAGACGAUGCAUGUGUGUACUGUAAGUAGCAGCGAACUACAGUAUUUCUGCCCGGAGAACUGAUCAAAGAAUACUGCCGCAUUCCGGACAGGAUACACAGCACACAAAGAACGGGCCUGACUGCCUAAAACAAUCUGGAGGAAAGACAAUACCUGCAACUGAAUUUCUGAAGGCACAAAUAGCUCGGCCCCAGGGAGGGACCUGGCCUGCAGCGGGUUCAUGCGAGCGGCUGGAAGAGCUCUGCACCUGACCGUCGCUGCCCCAGCCCGAGCCGACCCGAGCCGCGAUGUCCUCCAGCGCCGAGGCGGAGCUGCAGAUGGACUCGGAGCACCAGACCGAGCUGGCCGACCGGGUGGCGGCCAUCAACGUCACGGCGGAAAAGGAGGCCACCCCUAACGGGAGGAGGGUGAACGGGAUGAAUAACAGCGCGCUGGGCGGCACCCCGGUUCCGUCAGUCCCCAAGAAGGCCCCCCAGCGGCCCAUCCUGUCCAACAGGAAGCUGUCCCUGCAGGAGCGCUCUUCUGGAAAUUACCUGGCUGCGGCCGGCGCGGGCUAUGGCCCAUAUGCCACGGGGCAGCCCACCCAUAUCUCCCCACGAGUAGUGCGCCGACCUACCAUCGAGUCCAAGCGUGUCUCCAUCUCUGAUGCGCAGGAUUGUAUACAGUUGAACCAGUACAAGCUGAAAAGUGAAAUUGGAAAGGGCUCCUACGGCGUGGUCAAAUUAGCAUACAAUGAAGACGAUGACAAAUAUUAUGCGAUGAAAGUUGUUUCUAAGAAGAAGCUCAUGAAGCAGUAUGGAUUUCCACGUCGUCCCCCACCCCGCGGAGCGAAGGCUGCACAAGGGGAGCAGCCCAAGGCUCUGGGCCCCUUGGAGAGGGUGUACCAGGAAAUCGCCAUCCUGAAGAAGCUGGACCAUGUCAACAUCGUCAAGCUGGUGGAGGUGCUUGAUGACCCUUCUGAAGAUAACCUGCAUAUGGCAUUUGAACUGAUGAGAAAAGGCCCAGUGAUGGAGGUACCAACAGAGAGCCCUUUAACUGAAGAGCAGGCCAGGAUCUACUUCAGAGACAUCGUCCUGGGCAUUGAAUACUUGCACUACCAGAAGAUCGUCCACAGGGAUAUCAAGCCCUCCAACCUUCUCCUUGGAGAUGAUGGGCACGUGAAGAUUGCCGAUUUUGGAGUCAGUAACCAGUUUGAGGGGAAUGAUGCAUUGCUGUCCAGCACGGCAGGGACCCCAGCGUUCAUGGCUCCAGAGACCCUCACAGAUCACCGCAAGAGCUUCAGUGGGAAGGCUCUGGAUGUGUGGGCCAUGGGAGUGACUCUCUACUGUUUCGUGUUUGGGAAGUGUCCUUUUAUAGAUGAAUACAUCCUGGCAUUGCACAACAAGAUCAGGACUAAAUCUGUGGUGUUUCCUGAAACGCCAGCUAUCGGUGAGGAGCUGAAGGACCUCAUCCUGCGAAUGCUGGACAAAAAUCCAGACACUCGGAUAAGCAUUCCUGAAAUAAAGCUGCACCACUGGGUGACCCGCGGCAACACUGAGCCCCUGCCCAGAGAGGAGGAGCACUGCACUGUGGUGGAGGUGACGGAGGAAGAAGUAAAGAACUCUGUCAAGCUCAUCCCCAGCCUGUCUGCAGUGAUUCUGGUGAAGGCGAUGCUGAGGAAGCGAUCGUUCGGGAACCCGUUUGAGUGCCACAGCAGGAGAGAGGAGAGGUCCAUGUCAGCUCCUGGAAACCUGCUCAUAGAGAAAAUUCCACUGGGUAUCCCAAGAGUGGACAGGUGGCUGUUCCACUCCUCUGUAAAAGCUCAUCCUUCAUUAAGGUAACUGUGUGCUGUGCUGGUGUGGUGUUAGUCCCCUGUUGUCUGCAGAUCUGUGUUUCCCUGGGUAUCGAAGUUUUGCCGUGUUUCCCCAGUUGUGCCCGUGUUGUCUAUCUUGUGUCCUCUGUUUGACUAUAAGUUUCAUGGGUCCCGAUGAACUAUGUUGCUGUUGUUAGGUCAGAUAGUAAUCCUUCCCGGCGCCAUGCUAGCCUUUGCCUUGCAAUUAACAAGAUUAAAAAAAAAAAAAAAACUUUCUAGUUGGCUAAGAGGAAGUUAUAAUAACACACUUAAUUUUAUAUAGCGCCUUUAAAGGUGGCUUCUCAAAGCCCUUAGUGUAAAUGAAGAAGUGUAAAAGAUCCACAGGCUUGGAGCUCUUAAUCUUAGGCACAGUAUUUUAGUAAUAAAAACGAGUAGCAAAAAUAUGCCACCACUGAUUCAGGCAUUUAUUCUGGCUAAUCAUCAGUUUUUGUGAUUAGCUCAAUUGUCAUUCAUUUUGUGUUCUGAAGUGAAGAAUUACCAGGUUAUUUUCCUCCUCUGUUUAUUGAUUAAAAACCAAAAAACGGAUUCCUCGUCUUUAUUUUUCCAAUCAUUCUCCUCAGACGUACUGGUCUCUUAAGCAGCACUGCAUUUCACCACUUACUGCACCUCUGUAAGCCUGCUGUCUCCAGCUCUGAAGACUGUGCCUUAGAGUCCAGAAUUACUGUGAAGAAGCAGAAAGAGAUUUCAGCAAAUGUUGGUGUGCACUAAAUCUAGGUCAGCCUUCAGGGAUGUUUGUCAAUGGAAGAUGCCUGGCAUGUCUCCUGAAAGAUUCUCCACAGGCAUCCAUAUUUUCCCAAAUCCUACAAAAUAUUCCUCAACUCUUAUCUGCUUGACACUUUUUUGAAUUAACCAGCACAGAACCUAUCUGACAUCAAUGCUGCCACUGUCAAAUAAAAAGCUACAGAUAAAAUACAAUAAGAGCUUACAAUUUGUAAAACGCAAGCAGAUUGAAAUGUCUUGUUUUGUAUUCUCACGGAGAUACAGCUGUAGCUAGGUUUUUGUAGAUUUAUUAAACUGCAUAUUUGCAUCCAGAUAAAUGAAUAAAGUAAACACUUUUUAUGCUGAUUGUGUUUAAAAGAGAGACUACUGAUGUCAGUGCAGGAAAUUAUUUUUACUCUUAUUCUUUUGUUUCAGCAGUGUACAGAAUGUACUGUAGAUGG